CGCGUGAUUUCAAAAGCGACGGUUGGCGGAGUUUGAUUUCCCCUCCUCCUCUAAUGAUUGGAGGCUGUUUCUAAGAAUCCUGAGCCUGAAAGUGCCCUGUGCCUGGGAUGUUACCACCCAAAAAGCUGCACUUGCAGCAGCAUCACUGGAGGACAGCAAGAGAGCUGCCUGUUUGUGAAAACGUGAGGACUCUGUCAGCCACAGCCAAGUGGAAGGUGUUAGCAGAGAGGAACCAGCCUGUGGUGCCUGUGGGGGCCUGGGUGGAGAGUGCCCCAGGUGAUGAAGAGCAAGUGGAAAGCCUAGCUUUUGCUUCAGCAGCUAUAAUUGAAGAGAAAUACAAAGAGCAACAAAAGGAAAAAGAGAGAAUUCUGAAACGGUUUCAAGAAGAGGUGAAGCACAGAGUGAACCAGCAUGUUAAGCAGAGAAAAAAGCAGCAGCUUCAGAAAUCGUAUGAAGCAGCUCAAAAAGAAAGUUCUGUUGUGAUAGGAUUUUCAGAUUCUGCACUACAGCUGACUCCCAAGAAAAGCACAUGUUUAUACAGACGUGACACAAAUUCUGUCAUUUGUGUUUCUCCUGGUGUGCAGCAACCCAGUAAUAUGCAGCAAUGGGGAGCAGAUGAGCCAGACGCACAGUUCUCAGAACAAGCCGAAACAGUAAGAAAAACAGUGCAGCAGGUCCGUCAUAGGUUAGCUUCCUGCAAGACUGUAUCAGAAGAAGAACCUUUAGAACUGCCGGGAGGUUCCUGGGGAAACCAUGCGAGUAUGCAGAAGGCAGAAUCCAAUGAGAAAGCUGCAGUAAAUACAGGAGAAGGUCAUCCCAGGGAAAUUCCUCUGGAGGGAUACCAUGAUCUUCCAGCAGAACUGCAAGAGCAGGAAAUUCAGAAAUGCGAGCAAGACAAGAGCUGCUACUAUACAAUCGAGCUUAAAAAAAUUAGUAGUGACAUAAUGAAGAGUUCCUCCACAGCCAGCACUUCAGCAGUUGGAGCUGAAACCCAAGCUGCUCUGGUACUGUGGCCUGGCAUAGAGAAAGAAGAAUUGAAGAAGGAGCGUCAAAAACAGUACCUGAGAUACAGGCGCCUCUUCAUGGAUAUUGAAAGAGAACAAGUAAAGGAGCAGCAAAGGCAGAAGGAGUGGCAGAAGAAAAUGGACAAAAUUAAGAAAGAAAAGGAGCAUCAGCGGCUGGCAGAAGAACAGAAAAUGCAAGAUACCAACUCCCAUGAAGUUCCUAAUCCUAGUGAGGAAGCUUGUGAAAAACUGGAACAGCUUAAGCUAAAGGACAUGAAAGAAAAGAAAAAGAUAACAGACAAACGACAGCGACACAAAGAAUACUCAAGAUAUGUAGAAGCACUACGGGCCCAGAUGGAGAAAAAAAUCAAAAUGUACAACAUCAGCUUGCCUUCCUUGUGCUUCUGUGGGUCAGAUUUCUGGGACUGUCAUCCUGAUAGCUGUGCCAAUAAUUGUGUGUUCUAUAAAAAUCAUAAAGCAUAUGCUCAAGCCUUAAGAUCUGUCAUCUCCUCUUGUAAUGUUUUUGAUGGGGGUUCAGACACAAGACUUGCUGUUCAUACGUUUGCUACUGUACAUGCCCGUUCUGAGAAAAAUACCUAAAAGCUGACUCUGGCGGUGGUGUCUCCCUCACUCUCAACUGUUCAGUCAAGGCUUCUGCAAGAACCUGCUUCUGUAAACACACAGGCAUGCCCAACUUCCUCUGUGUUUUGACCCUUAAUGACAUUAAAAAUGAACUGGAAGCAGUCCUACCUUGUGCUAGUACUCCCUUUCCCCUCUUGUACCAUUCUUUAUUUCCUACAAGGUACCAGUGUACCAUAAAUUCUUAUGUAUACCAUGCAAGGAACUAGCCUUGAAAGAAGCCAUGGAUUGGUCUGAGACUGGGCAAACCUGUGCAUCGCAGCAGGGACAUUCAAUCAAAUGUGACUGACUGCACUCCAGGGUUUUGUCUUUGCUGUUUUAGGCUUAAGCAGGAUCGACAUCUCUUAUAAUUUUAAUAAAAUAAAUAAAAUUAAUUGCUUACUUAUAUAUA